AUGCCUCGACUGUUCAACUGGGCAUGGUUUAUUGCCGCUAUCGCUCCAUCAGUAUCUGCGGAUUUCGUCUCAACCGAUUACGAUGGAUAUAAUGAGGGUGAUUUAGGACAUCGACCACAUCUGGAGUUUCAAUCCAGUACGGAAUUUGCCCCUGUUUUACAAGCCAACAUAUGGAACUAUAGCGCCAUCUCGUCAACUGGUUCACAUAUAUUUUUGAAGCAUGAUGGGAAUGACACGAUCCCGCUUUCAUCGCCACUUAUCCUCGAUUCGAGAGAUUUAUCCGCUAUUUAUAUGAACCGCACAUUUGAGAAUGUAUUCGGUACUCGUAUCCAGGGACACCUGGGAAGAAAAUACCUCACCUUCUGGGAAGGACAGAAAGGCGAUGGUAUUGGAGAUGGAUAUGGAUUGGUAUUCGAUGAUACCUACCGUCUGGUGCAUAAAGUCUCAGCGCAAAAUUUGAGAGUGCAUAGUGAUUUGCAUGAGUUCGCCUUGACAGAAGACGGAACCGCGUUGGUGACUGGAGUUGACAGAAAACUUAUCCACGGAUCUGAAUAUGAUCGUGCGUGGGAUAUUCCACGCUCGCUCAGUAUCUUAGAUGCUGCUUUCCAGGAAAUCGAUUUGGAGACGAAUGAAGUGCUGUUUGAUUGGCGUGCACUGCAACACAUUAAUCCUAUGGAAUCAUUUGAGCCUCGUGCAAGCGGCUGGGAUGCCUAUCAUAUGAACAGCAUUGAAAAGACCAAAGCAGGAAAUUAUCUGAUCUCAAUUCGCCAUACACACUCUAUCCUGCUUAUCGACGGACAAACCGGUGAUAUCAUCUGGACUCUGGGCGGUCGUCAAAAUGACUUUGUCGAGUUACCCGGUCGUAAUGGCACCGAAGAUAUGGAACCAGUGUUAUCUAUGGCAUGGCAGCAUCAUGCACGAUUUGUCCCCGGCACCGACGAGACACAAAUUACUCUAUUCGACAACCACGUCAAGGUCACCACACACGGCGAAUGUGAUUCUGAGUGUUCGCGCGGUAUCCAUUUCGCUAUCAACGACAAGGUUUCUCCACCAACUGUUCAACUCCUCGGCGAAUUCCAGCAUCCAACACGUCUACAGGCUCAAAGUCAAGGAAGUGUUCAAGUUCUCGGCGACGGAACCGGCACCGAAGAUCUCGGCAAUGUAUUUAUUGGGUGGGGUCGCUGUCCCACUUUCACAGAGCACAGCGCUACAGGUGAAACAGUCAUGGAUGUGCAGUUCUCGCCGUGGCACAGUCGAGAUAUCCCCGAUGCGUUGGAUAAUUACCGCGCUUAUAAGAUGGAUUGGGUUGCGACACCGUGGUGGGAUCCCUCGAUUGCGCCGAAGAAUGGAUCAAAUGGUGAGCUGCUUGCCUACGUCAGCUGGAAUGGAGCCACAGAGGUGGCUAAGUGGGUUGUACGAGGUAUUCAGGAGGGCGGAGUGUUGAACAGUGAGGGCACAGUCCUGGCAACUUCGAAACGAACUGGUUUUGAGACGAAGUUAGUGCUUGUGGAGGCUGGUGGAGAGAAGAACUGGCAGUAUGUUUGGGCCGAGGCUCUAGAUUCUCACGACAAUGUUCUUCGUAAGAGCGAGGUUGUGGAAAUCAAGCCCGAAGAAUUGGUGGUUGCGGUCGAUACUUUUGAUGAGUUUGACACCACUUUUGCUCACAUCCUUGCUGCAGCUGAGCAAGAAAGCGCAAUCACAACUACAAUCACAACUACAACCGCAUCAGCAACAGCAACAGCUACCACAUCAACAACCACAACCACAACCACAACUGCAGCAGCAACGGCUACCACAACAGAAAGUGCUCCAGCGACAGCAACUCCUACUCAGAGAUCGAGCCCGGAGGAGAAACAUUCAGGAUUAUCAAAGACUGUCCUUGUUUUAUUGGCAACAGGCCUUGGGGUCGCCGGUAUGGCAUUGAUAGCCGCUGGUGUAUUCUGGUGGUACCGCAGAAGGAACUACAAUCGUCUGGACGCGGGCGACUUUGCUAUGGAGUCCGACAAAUUUGCCCUCGAUUCUGCAGACGAAUACAGUGAUAGCGAUUAUGACGAUGAUGAAGGGCGUCCCGCUGCUGGUUAUGACCGACCAGCAGGUGAUGAUGAAGAAAGUCAAGCACUUGUUCCGAAACAGCAUGCAAAACAGCCCCGGUGA